AUGACCACAGAAAUAUUUCCAAGUCCACUCUCUCCUACUACUCUUAGACGCGCAGAGACAGAGACGACCAAGGUGAUAAACCUUCCAAAGACGAUUUCAGAUCUGAACAUUUACUAUGCCAAUAGUCAAGGAAAAGUAAUCAUCGAUCCACUCGAGGCUGAAGCCGAGUUAGCUCAAAAGUUAAAAUUGGACAAAACUGGAAGAAUCAUUCUCUGGCCUCAACCCUCUCAUUCACCUGACGAUCCUCAAAACUGGAGUUCGCAUAAAAAACUCGUUCAUCUUAUCAUUCUCACAAUGGCUUCUUUUGUUCCUGACUUUUGUAGUGCAAUUGGUAUUGCAAGUCUUUUCAGUUUGGCAAAAGAGUUUGAUACCACACCUGGCGAAAUCAAUAACUUGACUUCAAAAAUCAAGGAGACUCUGAUUUGUUUCAUUUCUGGAUCAAUCAGUUGGUCUAUUUUCUUACUAGGUCCUGGUGGAAUCCUUGCUGUGAUUUUUGUUAAGCGUUAUGGAAGGCUUCCGGUUCUGUUUUGGUCACAAUUGAUCGGUCUUGGUUUUUUGAUUGGAUGUGCAGCAGCACCCACACUUCCCAUAUUUGCUGCGAUGAGAUGUUUGAAUGCUUUCUUCUCAACUGCUCCUCAAGUCAUGGGCUUGUAUGUCGUGAAUGACCUCUAUCCAUUCCAUUUGCAGGCUCGUAUGGUUCCUAAUUAUACAAUGUCGAUUCACAGGGCUAUUUGGGUAUCUGGUAUCCAAAAUUCAUCCAUGUACGUGGGCAUAGUGGUCAUUUUGAUAGCACUCUUCAUGGAGGAAACUAUCUACGAUCGAUUUUCGGAAGACCAACCAGUGCCAGGACGAAGCUUCAAAGCACGAUUUGAGUCUUUAAUCGGUAUCACCGGUUUUCGAACCGCUGGUGAUCGAGACACCUGGAGACAGGCUAUAACUCCGAUGAUCCAAUUGCUUGCAAGACCACAUUUGAUGGGGAUCCUGAUCUAUCUGGGUGCAGUUUUUGGAUUUGGAAUUGGAAUCAACGUUACCAACGUUGUCUUUGUUCUCUCCCCGCCACCAUUCGGAUUCGGAUUAACUACGAUCGCAGCAUCUUCUCUCUACGCGACUCCAGUAAUAGCAGUAUUUAUUGGAGAAAUUAUGGGACGUUACAUAAAUGAUGCGAUUGCUAAACGUCUCACACAUCGAAACUCUGGUGUAUUUGAACCGGAAAUGCGAUUAUGGACACUUUAUAUUGGAUUACCAUUGUAUGUUGGAGGUCUGGUACUACUUGGAGCCGCUUUUCAAGAAAAAUUGAGCGUUGCUGCUAUAGUAUUCGGAUGGGGAUUAGCAGAGGUAGCUACGAUGGUGACCACAGUGGCAUGUUCGGCUUUGUCAUAUUCGACAGUGAACUACACAAACAACACGUUCCCAUUUCCUGGAGAAAUCUCUGCUUUGUUGAAUCAAAGUCGAGUUCUAGGUGGCUUUGCGGUCCCAUUUUUUCAAGUCAAAUGGGCUAGCUCACGAGGUGCCUUGGAGACAUUCGGAUGCGAAGCUGCAAUUGAUGUCGAAUUAAUCUGGGACAAAAAGGAUCACUACCGGUAUAUUCUUGUUAGUUGUUCCGGUUCUUCAAAUAAAGGGGCCACAAUUAAGGAAUUUAUAGCCUCUGUCUAA